GUUUGUGUGUUUCAGCCAUUUGGACUCAGCUCAGCCACUGCAGAGGAAACAAUGACUUCAACUCAAAAGGGAAGGGAUUUGGUGUGUGGUAAACAGGAACAACAUGGAGCCAGAAGUCGGCGCUCUCAGGAGGCCGACAAACCUCACAGAAGAAAGAGAGAGAAAAAACACAGCUGUGAAUUGUGUGGAAAAUCUUUUACCCGGGCUGAACGCCUAAAAACACACCAAGUCAUCCACAGUGGAGUUAAACCUUACAGCUGUGAAUUGUGUGGAAAGUCUUUUACCCAGGAUGGAAGCUUAAAAUCACACCAAGUCAUCCACAGUGGAGUUAAAGCGUACAGCUGUGAUCACUGUGGUAAAGCCUUUGCUCACAGUAGGUACUUACGAAUUCAUCAAGUUGUUCACUCUGGAAUCAAGCCAUACGGUUGUGACAUUUGUGGAAAAACUUUCACCCAGUCAGGGCACCGAAAUGUUCACCGGCGCAUUCACACCAAAAAUGAUGUUUACUGCUGUGAUCAGUGUGGAAAAGUCUUUGUGAACUCAAAAGAUUUAGAGAGCCACAUGUUUACCCACACUGAGGAGAGACCUUACAAAUGUGACCUGUGUGAGAAGGCUUUUAAAGAGCCACGUUCCCUGAAAAAACACCAAAAAAUUCACACCAGAAAGAGACUCUACAAGUGCAGUUACUGUGAGAAGCAGAGCGGCACAGAUGGAUCCAGUUCUCGACCCUGUCGUCACUGUGGUGGUGGGAAAAACUUUCACUGUGACCUUUGUGGAAAAAUGUUCAGUAAUCAAUGGAGCCUAACAAUACAUCAACGUAGACACACUGGAGACAAAAUGAAUUACUGCAAAGAAUGUGGGAGAGGCUUCCCCACACCGAGUCAAUUAAAAAACCAUGAAGUCAUUCACAGUGGGGUCAGAAAGCACGUCUGUGACCAGUGCGGGUCAUCCUUCACCACUCCAGGUGACCUUAAAGUGCAUAAACGAGUCCACACAGGAGAGAAACCAUACAAGUGCAGACACUGUGACAGAAGCUUCUCGCAAUCAUCUGGUCGUAGCAAACAUGAACAAACACACUGGAAGAGAAUUUCAGCUGUGACCAGUGUGACAAGAGCUUCAGGAAUCUCAGUUCAAAUUGCAAACACAAACGAUCCCACGCUGUAAAUAAACUGUUUCACUGUUACCAAUGUGCAAAAACAUUCACUUCAUUAUCUGCUCUGUGCAAACAUCAGCGUGAUCAUGCAGGACUGAAAUCACUGGAUCACAAUGAAUCAGAAGAGACAGAAAGAUUCCCUUCUGGUUUCAGGGUCGGACUUAAACACCUUGAGAUCAGGCUCCACAGAGUUCAGGUGGAGUCUCCUGUAAAGAGUGCAGCUGAUGUCACACUUGGAUCUGAUGCGGUAGCUCUGCUUUCUGAGCCUGCAGUGUAUAUAAUCCUGAAUGUUUCAUCCAGGAAGCUGGAAUAGAAUAGAAUCCCUUUAUUGUUGUUAUACAGAUGUACAAUAACAUACAGAGCAUCUCCUACUCGGUACAAACAUGUAAGCAGGGGCUUACAGUUUCUGCAGUACUAUAUACCCAUUGGACAGUGUUUGCAGAAAACCAAAUAUAUUAAAAAAUAUCCAAAUAUAGAAUUGGUGGUUCAAAAGUUACAAUUUGGAAUAUUGAAAAGUACUUGUUUAUAGAGGGAAUAAUGACCAUUUUAAAGAUUUUGAAACCUGUCGUUGCCUAGUUUCACUUUCGUGUCUUUACGCUCUCCUUGAAGUCCACAUGUUAUUGAAUGUAUUUUGAUUCACAUGUUCUGCAGCUGUUUUCUUGUUGAUUUGAAGUUUGUGUUAUGAAAUCCUGAUACACUUAAAGCAUUAGUUAUAUUUGAUGAACUCUGUCUAGUGUUUUCUUAAACAGUUUGAUGUGAAAAAUGUGUAGUUUGAGCCAUGAUUUCAGGUUCAGAUCAACUGUUUUCAGUGGCAGAGGUGGAGAUUUAUCAGAGGAGACUUGGCUGUUCUCCGAUCACACUGAACAGGGUUCCUGCAGCUUAUUAUAAACUGAAAUUCUCUUCAAGGAAAAUAAGGUCAUAAAAUUUUAUCUCAAAACCUUGCUGUAGGUAUGAAGUUUGCAAAGGGUGUGUUUAAGAUGCUAAAAGGAUGAGUUUUCCUUCCAAACUGCAAACAAGCUGUGCUUUCUAACAACCAAAGUGAGAUUAAUCAGACUACUUUCAUAAUCCAUAAGGACAUUAUUAUUAUUUAUUAUUAAAAAACAUCCACAGCCUGCUGCAAGCCUCCUCUGCGUUUAGUUUCACCACGGAUAUUUGGACAAGCAGUGUUAGCCCCGUGUCGCUAAUUAGCCUAACCUCACAGUGGAUAGACUAGUUUCACGCAGCAGCAAGCCAUAUUACAUGCAAAACAAUUGCGCGGCUUGCACACCAGCCGGGCUAUAGCGCAUGUGUUUGAUGAAACGCUCCAGACAUGGGGUAUUCCUAAAACAUCAGUACAUGUUGUGCUUCGUGACAAAGCCAAAAACAUGAUUAAACAUGAUUAAAGCCAUGAAUGACGCAGGGCUCCCAAGUCUGCCAUGUGUUGCGCACGCGCUCCAACUGGCUGUUCACGGAGGCUUAUUAGCACAGAGGAGCAUAGCUGAUGCUUUAGCAGUGGGGCGGAAAAUAGUUGGGCAUUUUAAAUAUUCUACCUUAGCCUACUCCCGCCUCGAGGACAUUCAGGGACAGCUCAACCAGCCAAUAAAGAGACUGCAGCAGGACGUACAGACGCGCUGGAACAGCACGUAUUACAUGCUCCACUCCCUCAUUGAGCAAAAGCGAGUGCUGGGCGUGUAUGUGUCCGAGCAUGAACUCCCUGGCUGUAUCCCAAUUUAGGGACCAUCAGAGACCCUUGUCUAGUAGAGCGCAGUCCUAGGAACAACUAAGAUGCUACGCAGGACAUUCAAGGGGCGAGAGGGAAUAUUUUAAAUAUUUGAUAUGUACCAUGUCUGCUUGAGCAGAAGUGUGGUGAAUGGUUGCUUGUCAGCGUUGGUUCUCUUUCACUCUAGCUGUGGCUGUCCUCCAGAUUUUUGAGCCUCUCUUUGCCUCUGUUUGCACCCACAAACUUCCAUUAGUCAACUAAAAUGUGCUUCAUAUUUUGUCUGUCACAAGUUUCUUGCUCUGAUAUUCAAAUCAUUGGUAAUUGUUAGAAAAACAGUAGCUUGGUGUACAUGUACUGAAUGUGAUUCUAACUGCUUUGGAUAACAUAUAAUAAUGAUGGAAAAUAAGCAUUUGGUCAAUAACAAAAGUUAAUCUCAAUACUUUGUUAUAUACACUUUGUUUUCACAAGCCCAACAAUAACACUUCUCACUAUUGCCAAUAUUAACAAAACUAAAAAGGGUAGG